CUGAUGGAUCUGCUAUCCAAGAUGGUGGCAGGGCAGCCCCACUUUGUGCGCUGCAUCAAACCCAACAACGACAGGCAACCCAACAAGUUCGACCGGGAGAAGGUUCUGGUCCAGCUGCGCUACACGGGAAUCCUGGAGACGGCCAAGAUCCGGCGGCAGGGCUAUUCGCAUCGCGUCCCCUUUGCUAAUUUCCUCAAGAGGUAUCACAUCGUGGCGUUCCAUGCUGACGAGGAGCCCGCGGUGACUCCGGAGACAUGCGCGACCAUUCUGGAGAAAGCCGAGCUGGAGAACUGGGCCAUGGGCAAGACAAAG